UCAACAAUUCAAUAGCAUCCCCGGAGAACCCCACCAUAUCAGGUGAAUUUUCAUUUGACGUCAAUGCACGUCGGAGGGACCCGCUUCAAGCUCCGACCUAGCGGAACCGCGCAACCCUGCCAGCGCUUUGUACAAUGCUACAGAAGCUACGAUCGAAUCAUCAUCAACGAGAUUACCUCGAUUGAUCUCUAGCUCCGUUAAUAAGUUCGACGCUGCAUUCAGCUUUCGCCUUAGCCAUCAAGGUUCACCUUUGCACGCAGCAAUAUAUCACUUUCGACCCUCCCGCCAAUCGAGCAUCUUAGUAUUACAUAUUCACUAGGUACUCGUCGCAAUUCUCGCGUUUAACACCACCCAUCCUCACCAACCACCAACCACCAAAAACAAAACAGCGUCAACGCUCAAAAUGCCAUCCUCAACCUCCAACCCCCAACCCGUCGCCAUGCCCGACGGCCUCAAUCCCGACACACUAGACACCCUAACCGAGCUAGCCGUCCUCCUAAACCGUCUACGCAUGCCAACAAGCACGAACGGGGGCACACCAGCCGCCGGUUCAACACCCCUUCCACCACCUCCAACGUCCGUCCCCUCGCUCCACCACUCGCAACCUCAGACAGCGAACGGCGCGACAACAACAACCAACACAGGCGAGCUAUCGCUAAAAGAGAUCGCACCCGCGGCCGACGUGCUAAAGCACCGGUUCCAGCGCGCAAGGGCACUAGUAAGGGGUUUACCUGAUGUGAAUCGCACGAUGACAGAGCAGGAGGCGGAGAUUGCGGCGUUGGAGGGACGAUUGGCUAGACAGCGAGAUAUGCUUGCGCGGCUGAGGGAGAUGGGGGCGCAAUUGGCGGUUGGGGAUGAGGAGAAGAUGGUUGUUGAUUAAGCCACGAUGAGCUUGGGGGACCGCUGGAUUGAGACGUGUGGGCUUUGGUGUUGGGUAAAGAACAUCCCAAGAGUGAGGGAAAUGAAUAGGGAGGUGGAGGAGGAGAAUGGGAAAGGGGGGAGACAUUGCAUUCACAUCAACAAGGAGUUACGGCGUUCAGGCUAUGAUACCACGAGAAGUGCUAGGACACGCUUUUCAUAGGAGCAAUGGUUCGUCAUUGAUAAGAACUAUUAGACUCUGGAUUCGAUUCCACCCGGUAUUACAGAAUACAAAGGAGGCAAAAAUAAAUGUGAACACCAACGCCAUGC